CCCUGCCUAUCUCCAAAUUUGAGCCCCUCCCCUCAGCAUGUGAGCUGUAAAGAGAAUGACACAUGUGCUGUUUCCUUUCCCAGUUGUCGAAGGGUCAGGAACCAGCAAGAACAAGAGGAGGCUUCUCCAGGAGACUCCUGCCUUUUUCUGAUCCUUCCAGCUGUUCUGCUCAAUCUUCCCAGCCUUUCCUGAGCCAGCGGAGACCAGUGGCCCAAGACGCUCUGGAGUCUGUCAGUUAUGAGUAACCCAAACAGUACAACAGUCAAUGACGGAGAAACCAGACCAGGGAAUGACAUCACCAUCAUUGCAGUUGUGAUUGCUGCUGUGGCCUUUGUCCUCAUCUGUCUCCUGCUUGUAAUUCUGCAUUAUAUGUUCCGGCACAAGGGCACCUACCACACAAAUGAAGACAAGGGAACAGAGUUUGCAGAAAGUGCUGAAGAAGCCCUGAAAAACGACCCAACCCUUCAGGAACCUGGGGACGAAAGCAAAAAAGAAUAUUUCAUUUGAGAAAAAGGAAUGAUUCCCCCUAUCAAAAAAAAAAAAAAAAGUUACCACUCAGACAUUUUCUUAGUGCUCUCUAUUCCAGAGGAUACCCCUAGCAACAAUACAUCUGGGGAAGAGGAGAGCUCCAAAGCUAUGGCUAUUUUGAGGGGAAGCUGAAGCUAUCAACACCCCCAUUUCGAGGCCAUUUUCUUUUUCAGGGAGAACUGAAUGGCAGAUUGGGGGUUAUUGAUUUUAUUUGCAAUACAGAUGGUCACUGUUAAAUUCAAUGUCAGGAGCAGGAGCAUGGGGUAGGGGAGGGAGUGGAAUGGGAAAUUUAAUCAUUAAUAUACUGACAGGGCAUAAUGAUAUCAAAUGUCAGUCCUUGACAUUUAGGGAAAACAACAGGUGCCAAGGCAAAAAAAAGGAUACCUUAACAGCAGAGGAUGCGCAUGUCCCGUUGAUUUAUAGCAGAGCUAUUGGAAAUAAAUUUUAAAUGGUAACAGAACAUUCUGAACCAGAUAACAUUGUGAUUAUAUGGAAAAAAAAAAAAAAAAAAAAAAAAAAAA